AUGCUAAAAGGUGUCUUUGGGCACAAGAACCCAAGACCGUGCAACUCCUGCAGGAUGCCCUACGCACUCUGCUGUCACCACUGGCUCCACCUCGCCGAGACUGGAAGUGAAACACACUGGCGGAUUCCGAGUCGCCGCCGGGGAGAGCCAGAGCCGGGGUCCGGGGUGGACUCGGGCGUCCGCGGCUCGGAGGCCUGCCCCGAGUCCCCCGAACCCGCCCCCCCCCCCCGGUCCCCUCCUAAGGGCCGACAGGUACGCACUCGCUUCCGGCGGGCCCCAGUGCUCCGGGAACCGGUGGAAGUGGGGGUCGGGCAGCCGGUCCACUGGGCCCUUCGGGACCCCCAGCCACCCCGAGGCGGGCCUCGCCCCUACUUACCGCUGCGGAUCUGGCCCCGAGUGGCGCGCAUUGUUUGCCCCGCCCCGAGCGCGGCUGCCGCAACCACCCGCCUUAAAGGGCCAGGACCCGAGACCGCCGGGCGCCUGCAGCGCGGCAGGCGGCGGGGGUGGGCGGCGCGCGCCGGGAGACACGCGUUUCCGGUCCCACCUCCCCCAGACAGGUGUUUCCCGAGCGCUGGAGUGCGCGGCGUCGCAAGUGUGCUGGCCGCGCCCUGGAGGAAGACGCUGGGGGAGAGGGCAUCAGGCCUCCCUCCGGUGGGUCCCCAAAGUAUUCAGACCACCAAAUCGGUUUCCCGGCCGCCGAGGGCAGCGUGGGCGAAGGCAACGAGGUGUGGAGCCGCGGAUUCAGUUGCUCGCUGCUGGGAUCCUCAGAUGAUCCCAGACCAACCCUAUGGACGUUGCACACCAGCGACCUCUCAGCACCGUGACCUUGCAGAUCUGGGUUUCUCAUCUUCUCUUGGGGCCGAUGCUGUACCACCGUUCCUGUGCCUGGGCGUGGGGCAAAGCCAGGGACCUGGCCUGUCUCCUCUCUGCCCAUUUUCUGUCACUGACACAGCUACGUUCAUCUUUGUACCACAGACCUGUUGCUCACGACCCCUUCCUCUUCCACUCCCUGCUGUUUCUUGCUCUUCACACAUGGAAGAUCCUGGACAGGUCCAUCUCUCCAGGCUGAAGCAACGCGAAGAGACUUUAUGACCUUUUAAUUACCAACUUAGUAGGGGCGCCUGGGUGGUGCAGUCGGUUAAGCGUCCGACUUCAGCCAGGUCACGAUCUCGCGGUCUGUGAGUUCGAGCCCCGCGUCAGGCUCUGGGCUGAUGGCUCGGAGCCUGGAGCCUGUUUCCGAUUCUGUGUCUCCUUCUCUCUUUGCCCCUCCCCCGUUCAUGCUCUGUCUCUCUCUGUCCCAAAAAUAAAAAUA